UGGAGAUUUCUCCGGAAAGACACUGCAAUACAGCAAAAUAGCAUUAAAGAUUCAAAUAGACCUUGAGAAAACACAAAGGAACCGACGCGGUUAUAACCCUCUAUGUUUUCGGGCUUCUAUAUAUAUACAAGGAGUGCAAAGGUAAACACAACCAAUCUUUUCAAUUUGUAGUGAAUGUCGACUAACAAUGGGCCCAUUUUAGAGUGCGUACAGUCAGAAUCUCCACUAUAAAAGAUCGCGUCUAAGAUAACAUCAGAAAUUCAAUCCAGGAGCUUCAGGUGGAGCUCCUGAAAAGCCCAAGCAGACCUAAAAUCUGGGAUUUGAUUUCGAGCUUUGCGGAAGCAUUGAUUUGUUUUUCAAUGCUUUGAAGCAUUGAUUUGUUGAAUGUUUUGAAGCAUAGAUUUGUCAUUGAGUUGUCUGAAGCAUAGAAUUGACAUUUUAUAAUGGAACGAGGUUGGAGUUUUCUAUUGAUUUCUAUUAUGGUGGUUGCAAUGAUGGCCUGUGAAGUGGAAGGAGUUGGUGUGAACUGGGGAACCAUGGCUUCGCACCCAUUGCCUCCCGACAUUGUUGUGCAGAUGCUCAAAGACAAUGGGAUUGACAAAGUAAAAUUAUUUGAUGCGGACGAAAACACUCUCAAGGCUCUUGCAAAGACUGAUAUCGAGGUCAUGGUGGCCAUUCCGAACAAUAUGUUGCAGCAUCUUUCCGAAAGCUACAAGGCUGCCAAGAAAUGGGUGAAGAACAAUGUAACUCGAUAUAGCUUCGAUGGCGGUGUUAAUAUCAAAUAUGUUGCGGUUGGAAAUGAGCCUUUCCUAACGGCAUACAAUGGCUCUUAUUUGAAUAACACUCUUCCUGCUUUACAGAACAUUCAAAAAGCUCUUAACGAUGCAGGCUUAGCAGAUAAAGUUAAAGUUACUGUGCCCCUCAAUGCAGAUGUUUACAAUUCCCCAACUGACAAUCCUGUACCAUCUGCUGGGGUUUUCAGAGAAGAUAUUCAUGAUCUGAUGGUACAGCUUGUGGAAUUUCUGAAUGCUAAUGGAGCACCCUUUACAGUCAAUAUCUAUCCCUUUUUAAGCUUAUAUGCUGAUGAGAGCUUCCCUGUGAAUUUUGCUUUUUUUGAUGGUGACAGUACACCAAUUGCUGAUGGAGAGAUCCAAUACACCAAUGUAUUUGAUGCAAAUUUUGAUACAUUAAUUGCUUCUUUGAAUAAGGCUGGAUUCCCCAAUAUGACUAUCAUUGUGGGAGAAGUGGGUUGGCCCACAAAUGGUGAUAAGCGUGCCACUAUUGAUUAUGCACAGAGGUUCUAUCAGGGGCUUAUGAAGAAAUUAAUGAAUGGCCAGGGAACGCCUCUUCACCCUGGAAGCUUUGCAGUUUAUCUGUUCAGCCUUCUUGAUGAGGAUGUUAAAAGUAUUGCACCAGGUAGCUUUGAAAGGCAUUGGGGGAUUUUUCAAUAUGAUGGACAGCCAAAAUACCAACUACAAUUUUCAGGUCAGAAUGGAGGGUUGGUUGCUGCUAAAAAUGUCCAGUAUCUGCCUCAAAAGUGGUGUGUAUUCAAUCCAGAUGCUGCAAAUACCUCCACAUUGCUUGACAGCAUCACCUAUGCCUGUGAGCGUGCUGACUGUACUGCUUUGGGUUAUGGAUCAUCAUGUAACAGCUUGGAUGCUCAGGGCAAUGCGUCUUAUGCAUAUAACAUGUAUUUUCAGGUGAAUAAUCAGUACACCAUUAACUGUGAUUUUGAGGGACUAGCAAAAAUAACGGACGAAAAUGCAUCAACAGGUUCAUGCAAUUUCCCAUUACAAAUUAUAACUGGUGGAGCAGAGAGAUCUAUCAUGGCUCAUAUGAAUUGGGCUAUGGUCAUUGUUGGUAUCGUUGUAAUCCUUUUGUCCUCUUUCUAGAGGAUCUGGUGUAUCAAUUCGUUAAUUUGAUAUUCAGAUUUUUGCUUUUCCAUGCUCA